UAUUCACACACUGACACACACGCACACAUGUAUAUGAAUGAACUGGGGAAGCUCUGAAACACACAGUCUCUCUCUCUACGAAAGUCGUGUUGAUGCUUGCUGGUCCACAGAAUCUCAUGACAUUUUCCUGAAGGAGGAGGAAACCCAGUUCUCUCUCUCUCCUCCUGGUGGAACUCAGUUGUGAGAUUGUGGUAGCUGUCACCAUGUUUCGUCGUAGGAGCAAUUCUCAUCAUGAUCAGGGGAACGACGAACUGCAGCCUGAGGUUAAGCUUAAUGAACUUAGGGCUGCUCUUGGACCGCUAUCUGGACGCAGCUUACAGUAUUGUUCUGAUGCAUGCUUGAGGAGAUAUUUGGAAGCCCGGAAUUGGAAUGUAGAGAAAUCGAAGAAAAUGUUGGAAGAGACACUCAAGUGGAGAUCAACCUUUAAACCUGAGGAAAUCCGCUGGAGUGAAGUUGCAAAUGAAGGUGAGACUGGAAAAGUAUACAGAGCAAAUUUUCACGACCGCUAUGGAAGGUCUGUUCUUAUACUGAGGCCAGCAAUGCAGAAUACAAAAUCAUUAGACAACCAGAUGCGUCAUCUAGUUUAUCUCAUAGAGAAUGCUAUCCUUAAUCUCCCAGAUGAUCAAGAACAAAUGGCUUGGUUAAUCGACUUUACUGGAUGGGCUUUAAGCACCAGUGUGCCUGUCAAAUCUGCUCGAGAAACAAUCAAUAUUUUACAAAACCAUUACCCCGAAAGGCUAGCUGUAGCAUUCCUCUACAGUCCUCCACGUAUUUUUGAAACAUUCUGGAAGAUAGUCAAAUAUUUCUUGGACGCUAAAACAUUCCAGAAGGUGAAAUUUGUAUACCCGAAGAACAAAGAGAGUGUGGAUCUCAUGAGUACAUAUUUUGAUGCGGAUAAUCUUCCAACUGAGUUUGGAGGGAAAGCCACAUUGAACUACAACCAUGAGGAGUUUUCAAGUUUGAUGGCUCAAGAUGAUGUGAAAGCUGCCACUUUGUGGGGAUGUGGUGACAAGCACCACUGUGGUAGUAAUGGUUACUCGGGAGGAGCAGAGGUGGCUCCAGAGCCUCCGUGCAUCGCACCACCAGCCAGCUGAACCGGCUGCCUCUAACUUCCGCAAAACUAUAAUAAGUUAUGAUGUGUAGUUUACAUCGGAUUGUAGGCUGGACUGAGAUGAUAAUUAGGUUAACUAACAGCAGCUUGAUGCCUGCUUGUGAUGUUCUUGCUGAGAAACAGACACACCUUUCCAAAGGCAGACAUUGUAUUGUAAUGGCUGUUUGACUAGUGAAACAGAUUAUACCUUUUGUCUCUCUAGAAAA